AUGGCCGACGAAGUACUCAACUCUCUCCCUGAAUUCUUCCCUUCCAUCGCAGUCGGAAAAAACGGCCAAAUCGAGAGGCUAAAUUCCCAUGACGUCGUUCCCCCAUCUCUAGAUCCAGCCACGGGAGUCCAAUCCAAAGACGUCGAGAUCGCGGCGGAGAUCAUCCUCUCCGCCCGGAUUUACCUCCCGCCCAACGCCGAUCCCACCAAAAAGCUCCCGCUUCUGUUCUACUACCACGGCGGCUGCUUCAUCAUCGGAUCCGCCUUCUCCCCGCGCUAUCACAAGCACCUCAAUCAGUUAGUCGCACAAGCCAACGCCGUCGCCGUCUCGUUGAAUUACCGAUUAGCCCCCGAAUUCCCGAUCCCAGCCGCGUUCGAGGAUUCAUGGCGCGCUCUCAAAUGGAGCGCCGAGGGAAAUGAGGUGUGGAUCAAUGAAUUCGCCGAUCUGACACGUGUGUAUUUAGGCGGGGACAGUGCGGGAGCGAAUAUAGCACACAACAUGGCAAUGCGGGUCGGGUCGGAGAAUCCGGUGGGCAUCAACUUGGAAGGGAUAUUCCUAAAUUGCCCCUACUUCGGGGGCGUGGAUCCGAUUGGGUGCGAAACGGCGGAGGAGUACCUGAAGUGGACCAAGUUUAUUGAGAAGCUUUGGGGAUUUGUUUGCCCGAGCAUGAGGGAUCGCGACGAGGGAUGGGUGAACCCGGGUAAGGAUCCGAAGAUUUCGGGUUUGGGUUGUGGGAAAGUGCUGGUUUACGUUGCGGAGAAGGAUUUUCUCAAGGAUAGAGGGUGGUAUUACAAUGAGGUGUUGAGCAAUUGUGGGUGGAAGGGAGAAAUUGAGUGUGUUGAGGUUGCAGGUGAAGCCCAUAUUUUCAGUGUGAUUGCUCCAGAUACUCAGGUUGGCAUUGACAUGAUCAAAAGAGUGGCUUCCUUUAUUAAUCACUAA